AUGGUUAAUUAUUACGAAGUCCUAGGACUGCAUCAAAAUGCCUCGCAAGAAGACAUCAAAAAGGCCUACCGUAAGCUGGCAUUAAAGUGGCACCCUGACAAGAACCCUUAUAAUAAAGAAGAAGCAGAGAAGAAAUUCAAAGCAGUUGCUGAGGCUUAUGAAGUCUUGUCAGACCCUCAGAAACGCUCUCUCUAUGACAGGCCAGUAAAAGAAACACGGCACAGAGGGAGAAGUGCAUCUGGAGGUCAGUCUCACAGCCCAUUUGAUUUUGACUUUGUGUUCCGUAGUCCUGAGGAGAUUUUCAGGGAGUUCUUUGGAGGAAUGGACAUCUUUGCACAUGAUUUCUGGGACAACCAGUUUGAUGAUGACAACAAUGGAAGGGAAGACAGAAAUGGACUGCACGGACCCCUUGGUCUCUUUUCUGGAUUUGGUGCCUUUUCUAACUUUCGAUUCAAUUCAUUUGGACCUGGUUUGCACACUAUGGUUUCCUGCAGGUCAUUUGGAGAUGACAGCAGUGGAACACACAAUUUCAGGUCUGUCUCAACUUCCACUGAAGUGAUCAAUGGGCGACGAAUCACAACAAGGAAAAUUGUUGAGAAUGGACAAGAGAGAAUUGAAGUUGAAGAAGAUGGCCAACUGAAGUCCAUAAAAGUAAAUGGAAGAGAACAGUUGAAAUGCUAA